CCGAGGGCGACUGAGCAAAGGCCGAGUGAAAGCGCCAAUAGACGCAAGCAUCGGUGCCCGUGAGCUGUGUUUGAGUUGCUUUCCAACACGCAAAGACGCUGCAGCGGUGACACGCUAGGUUAAGCCCGGCUGCGAGCAGUGUGCAGCAGCGAGCACACCUUUUCAUUGCAAAAUAAAUCGCGCGCGCACGGCAUAGCUGCGUUUCAGCCGCUCCACGCACGCGCACACGCACGCGCGCACAAGGAACCAUGGCCGCGCCGGCGGAAGAACCGCCCAAAAAGAAGCAGCGCAACUACCGCCGCGACAAGCCCUGGGACAACCCGGACAUCGACCACUGGAAGCUCGAGGAGUGGAAGGACGAGUACUCGCCCGGCGCCUUCGUCGAGGAGUCGAGCUUCGCCACGCUCUUCCCCAAGUACCGCGAGAAGUAUAUACGCGAGGCGUGGCCCAUCGUCACGAGAGCGCUCGGCAAGUGCGGCGUCGCCUGCGAGCUCAACCUCAUCGAGGGCUCGAUGACGGUGCGCACGACCAGAAAAACGUCGGACCCCUACAUCAUCCUGAAAGCCAGGGAUCUCAUAAAACUACUCGCGCGGUCGAUUCCGGUGGCCCAGGCUCUAAAAAUCCUCGACGACGGCAUGCACUGCGACGUCAUCAAGAUUGGCGGGCUCGUGCGGAAUCGAGACCGCUUCGUGCGACGCAGACAGCGCUUGGUGGGCCCCGACGGCCAGACCCUCAAAGCGUUAGAAUUGCUCACGGAGUGCUACGUCCUCGUGCAGGGGAACACUGUGGCGGCCAUGGGCUCCAUCAAGGGCCUGAAGGCCGUGCGGAAGGUCGUGGAGGACUGCAUGAAGAACGUGCACCCCAUCUACAACAUCAAGAUCCUGAUGAUAAAAAGGGAGCUCGCGAAAGACCCUGCCUUAGCUAAUGAGGACUGGAGCCGCUUUUUGCCCAAAUUCGCCAGCAAGAACGUGCCGACGAAGAAGCCCCUCAAAGUGAGGGAGAAGAAACCUUAUACUCCGUUUCCUCCUCCGCAGCCGCCCUCCAAGAUCGACCUGCAGAUCGCGUCCGGCGAGUACUUCGCUCCUGAAGUGGCAAAGCAGCAGGGCGCCAAAGAUGAUGCGAAACGCGCGGCCAACGAAUUGCCGCCGCCUCCAUCAGACGCCAAGCCGAAGAAGAAGCGCGAGCGGCCGCACAAGCGCAAGAAGGACCAAUCCGUGGUCGAUGUCGAACAGUCGGAAGUGUCCGCCGAUGAACUAGCGGCGAAGAUAAGGGAACGGGCGGGCGUCGAGGCGCCGAAGCCCGAGAGCAAGAAGAAGAAGCGGAAGCGGGAGCAGCGCGAAGCGGUGGAGCGCGCCGCCGCCGAGGCCGCCGCCGCGGCGUUGACGACGGAGCCGCCGCCGCCGCUGCCGUCGGCGCUCCUGUCGCCCGAGGACAAGGCCGCGAAGCCGAAGAAGCACGUGUCCUGGAGCCCCGACGUCGUCGAGCCGCGGCCGGGCCUAGCCGUGCCCCACGGCCGCGGGCCGGCGUUCAAGGCCGCCCAGAAGGCGGCGAAGCGGGUCGCGAAGCUCCAGAAGCAGAAGCAGAAGCUGGCCAAGAAGGCCAAGAAGAAGAAGAAGAAGUCCAAGCGGUGAGGGGGCUAGUCUUGUAAUUGUGAUAACCU